AUGGGCAAUUAUCAUUGGCGAACAUUCGAGGAAGUUGAUAGGAGGACAAACAUGAUCGCAUCUGCUCUAAUUUCUCUAGGUCUUAAGCCUAAGGAUGAGAUUGUGCUAUUUGCUGAAACUAGAGAGGAAUGGAUGACCACCGCACUCGCUUGCUUCAAAAGCUCUUUUCCUGUCGUGACGGUAUACGCAACGCUCGGAGAAGAAGCAGUGGAGUAUGCUCUCAGCGAAGUUAAGCCAAAAGUUGUCUUUACUUCAGAAAACCUCAUUCCCAAGGUCCAAAAAGCACUGAAAGACGGUGUUAGCGUGGAGACAGUAAUCUUUUUCGAAAGCCCAGAUCCAGAGACUGAUGUGAUUGAAAAUAAAAGUACUCCCACGGAUGUGGCUGUGAUUAUGUACACGUCUGGAACGACUGGAAAUCCGAAAGGAGUGAUGAUUACACAUGAAAAUAUUGUGGCGGCUGCAGCCGGACAAGGAGAUGUCAUUCCGCUUGUUGAAAACGAUACAUACAUCGGCUAUCUUCCCCUAGCCCAUAUUUUAGAAGUUUGUGGAGAAUUGGUGACACUUACAAAGGGAGUUCGCAUAGGUUACUCUUCGGCUCAGACAUUGUUCGAUCGUGCCCCUAAAAUUAAGAAGGGCACACGUGGUGAUUGUUUCGCCUUAAAGCCAACUCUGAUGGCUUGUGUACCGGCUGUUAUGGACAGAAUUCACAAGGCUGUGAUUGAAGAAGUGAACUCGAAUAGUCUACUUUUCCGCGAGAUGUUCAAAGCAUGCUACGAGAGAAAACGGGCGAGAUACGAAGAGGGUUAUACUAGUUUUAUCCUAAACAAAUUCAUGAACAUAUGCUUCUGUUGCCCCGUCAUUCAAGGUUAUGGUUUGACAGAGACGUGCGGAGGUGGCACUCUAGCAGAUGCUCACGAUCUUUCUACAGGAAGUGUUGGGCCACCGCUUUCAUGCUGUGAAAUUUUAUUGGAGGAGUGGCAAGAAGCUGGUUACUCCCCAAAGAACGAAAAACCACAGGGAGAAAUCCUAAUCGGCGGUAAAAACGUCGCAUUAGGAUAUCUUAACAAUGAAGAAAAGACAAAGGAAGACUUUGUUUAUCGCAACAACAAGAGAUUUUUCGCUACCGGCGACAUU